AUGCGAUCGAUUUUCAACCAAAUUAUUGGCACCUGUGCUCUCCUAGCAGGUAUCGCUGCUGCUCAAAGCCAACAGCUGAUAAUUGCAAGUGAGACAGCGGAAUGGCGUGCUUGGGUUGGUCAACAACGUGCCAUUUACGUAGGAGACGUGUGGGAACCUAUGGAAACGAAGGCCAACAUCAGCGUUGCGGAUUGGUCCACGUCCCAGCCUAACAUUUUCGUGGAACCAGACCUGGGCUCCACGAAGCAAGAGAUCCCCGAUGGUACAUACUUGUUCAUAUAUACCGGAACUCCAGAAGGCGGCAGCAGCAUAUAUAUCGGCCACCAGGACUUUCCUCCAUACUCCAGUUACAGCAUCAAUGAUGAGUGGGAAACUGUCGAUGGGCACUUAUUGCCAAAGGGAGAAACUGAAUCGAAUUGGUACAUGACGGAGAUGUGGUAUCCUGGAACCUUGGGCAUUGUUUGGUGGACUGUUACGCCUGAUGAUCCGAAAUGGCUUCCCGUCAAACUGUCCCUUUCCUCUUAG